AUGUCAUUUCUUCCUUGGUGUAUCAUUGGUGAUUUUAACGAUCUACUUUCUCAAGAGGAUAAACGGGGCAAUCAUCCCCAUCCGAAUUCGUUGUGUAUGGGAUUUCGACAAGCGAUUAGUGAUUGUGAUCUGUCGGAUAUUCCACUAGAAGGUUAUCCGUUCACUUGGAUAAAAAGCCGUGGUACUCCUCACGUGAUUGAAGAACGGUUGGACAGGGCGAUGGCUAGUACAAGCUGGCUCCAUCUUUUUCCUAAUGUGAGGUUAUCUAACCUUUUAGCUUCACAUUCAGACCAUAGUCCGAUAUUGUUGCAAUGUACUCCUUCUUUUAGAUCUCGGUUCAAUGGUUCUUUUCGCUUUGAGAAUAGUUGGUUGAGAGAACCAGACUUAGAGGAGGUAGUGCUUGAUGGUUGGGGUGUUCACGAGACUAUUGAGGUGGUGGACCAUGUAGCUAGAUGCGCUAACAGACUACAAAUAUGGGGAAAACAUAAAAAGGUGAAAUUUAAGGAGGAAAUUGAUGAAUGUGUGAGAGAGAUGACGGUGUUAAGGGAUAACCAGGGGGAGGAGGAAGGCAAACGAUAUCAGGAGAUUCAUGACUGA